GGUAAAGUGGAAUAAACAAAAUGCAAGUUCAACCUGAGAUAAAACAAUUAGCCAUGCCGAAUAGCCGUUGAUAAAAGCCUUUUAAGACAAGCCCCUGGGAUCCGGCCAAGAUGGAACGGUUCGCUUUCAAGAUCGACGCGGCCCUCAAGGCGAAUCUCUGCAAGAUCUGUCGGCUGUGCGGCAUUGACAAUCCCCAAAAAGUGAACAUACUGCUGCCAAAUGAGGGCGAACCUAUCGACCUGGACGAGCCCAGAAUGUCCCAGAAGAUCUACGAACUGGUGGGCUUCACGGUGUCCGUGGACGACAAAAUGCCACAGACAAUGUGCAGCCAGUGCGUGGAUAAAAUCAAUGAUUUUUAUGAGUUUCGGGAAAUGUGCUAUGCCACCAAUAAGCAAACUAGAAACCUGCUGGGACUGAAGCAAAUAGAGCCUGCAAAGCUCAUGGAUUUUAGGCCCAUGGUUAAGGAGGAAUCGCACAUUUCUGGAGCAGCUGCCAAACGCGGCAGGAAGCGUAAGGGUGACGAUACGACUUGGCCAAGGAGUAACCUUAUUCCCAAGCAGCCGGUCAAGAAGGAGCCAUUUGUGUGGCACAAGAAGCAGAAGCUGCAGCCUGCACAAACGGCGCACUUACAGCCCAAAACAGAGCCUGAAAUCAAAGAGGAGCCCGCUGAAUCGGAGAGCAGCCUCAAGGGUGCAUGGAAAAAAGUAGGCCGCAAGUCCAUUUGCAGCGUUUGCGGGGAGAAGUUCCUCAGCAAGGAGCUGGCCGACGAGCACAAGAGUCUGGUGCAUGUGCCCUCUAUACCCCGCUACAUGUGCAACGCCUGCAACCAGACGCACCACAACCAGAGCGACAUACGAGCCCAUCAGCUGUGGCACAAGCUCUCGAAGACGCCCUACAAGUGUCCCGUGUGCGAUACCAGCGUUGCCAAUGCCUAUGCCUUUGCGCGCCACAUGCGCGAGCACACACCGCCCACGCCCGUCCAGCUGCUCGUCCUGGACCGGGAGUGUCCGCUGUGCAAGAAGACCUUCGUCACGAACUUCUUCUACAACACUCACCGCUGUGCCAUCCGCAAACGCAAGUGUGGCGGCUGCAGUCGCGCCCUAAACACCGAAGCGGCCUACAUGCGCCAUGCCCCAACCUGCGCGAAGAUUUAUCUCAAUCACUCGAAGCACAUCAUGCCCGAGACGGUGACCAAUGAGGCCCAGAUGCGCAUCACGAAUGAGGUAGAGGAAGAGCUGCUGGGCCUUCCCCCGGCCACCACUGUGCCGCCGGAUUUCGUGAUAGAUGAGGGCAUGCUUCCGGUUGUAGUCCUGGAGCGCCUGUCAUCACCUCUGCUGCGGGCUUCGGCUGGAGAAAAUCGACUGGGUGCCACCAAAAGCAGAAAUAGCGAAAGGGUUUCGUCCAAGAGCUACUUAAAGCGAAUGGACCAGUUGCUCAAGAACACGAUGAGCACCCUGGUCAGCAUCAAGCAUGAGCCGGAGGUGCAUAUUAAUGACACGGGACCAGCGCCAGAGCAGGCCGAGAGCGAACCCGAGCCGGAUGAACCACCUGGUUUUGAAGACGAUUUCCGGGCGGCAAACGAUGACAGUGAAGAGGAAGCACAAACAGAGGAGGCCCUGGAACGGCAAUCCGCUGAAGCUACUGUUACAGCCUCUGCCAGUGACGAUGUGCCUAGUGUAUCGGUCAAACAGGAGCCUGAGGAUGAUGCCUAUGACAAGCAGAUGGGCGUGAAGCAGGAGCCUUUGAAGCUUAAGCUUAAAAUAACGAAGAAUCACGGAAAGUUGAACUCUUCGCUUAUAGAUGAACUGGAUGAGGCGGGCCAGGCAUCUGGCAGAAGCAUCAAAAAGAAAAAGAAACGGAAGCACAAGGAACGGGAGAAGGAGGCACCGGCGGAGGCAGAAAACUGUCGAACAGAAUCUCAGGAUCAGCAGCCCGCGGUUAGAAUCAAACAAGAACCCGUCGAUUAUCCUCCCGAGGCCACUGUCAUGACCACUAUUCCCAUGACGCAGUUCGAGAGCAAUUUCAAUGAAAACCAACAACGCGAGGGAGAUGAUGACGAUAUGGCCCUUCCGCAGGAAGAUGUUAAGCCCAAUCGCAUGGAGCUUGAUCGUAUGAUGCAGAUCUCACAUGUGGCCAGUGGCGUGGAUAUGGCAGAAGAGGCAAUGCCCUUGGAGAGGGCCCAAGAAGCCACUGCCGAUGAACCUCAGGCGGACGAGCAGCUGAAAAAGAAGUUCCCGCCGAAGGUUACGCCCGUAAAGUCCACUGCACGCAAAAGCACUGGAGGAGCUCAACGGAAGGUGCCUUCGCCUCCGCAGCAGACUCAUCUGCCGCAGAUCGUAGCUGUGGUGAGUGGCGAGUCGGCAGCUAACAUGAUUCCGAAUGUUUCCAUCAAGCCGGAGCCGCGAAAUCGGGGCUAUGGGGACGAGGAGCCAGAGGAGCAACAAGACAACACCGAAGAGAUUAAUCACAACGACAAGAUGGAGGAGGAAGAUGCCUACAUUAAAAGUUUAGAUCUAAAUAACUUAAAUAUAAAACAGGAGAAGGACUUGGAUAUUUCUGAGUCAGAGCCCAUGCUUUGUAACGGACUAAAUAAGGGCGAUGGCGGCGACGACGAUGGAAACGAGGACAGUGCAUCAUCGGCCGACGAAGCCGAGGAAGCUAUAGAGGAGGACGAAGAAGUGCGCAUCUAUCGUGAAAUCGAGCUGCCACCUUUGGAACCCCAAGGCGAGCAGGAGCCGGAGGAGACUUCACACAGAUUACAAGUGGAACCAGUGAGAAUGGACACAGAGGCUUUAGUUGCAUUGCCAGCCGAAGAAACUCCACCGCAAACUCCGCAAAAGCCACAGGCCCCUGGAUUUAGCUUGGUCAUAACCAAUAUCUGCAGUCAAGCCGCUUCGGAAGAAGUUGGAGGUUAUGCUUCGAACUUUGAAAACCCUUCGCCCCUUGCCAGCGAAAGCAAAUCUUUAGCAGAUGAGCAUCGAUCCGGUACACAGGAAAGUCCAUCGCCUUCUGCAAAAGACAUACCUUCUGAAGCGGUCAAUCAAUUCCACGGAAAUCUCGAAGCUGAACCGCUCACGGCUAUAGAGACCCAGCCUUUGGUGGAUGCGCCCUCCAUCCUUGAAGAUGGAAGACAGUCUCUUGCAGUUUUGGUACCUGACCAUGAAAUUCCUCUAACUGCAGCAAACGAUGAGGAUACUUCCCACCUUGGCGCCGAACUUCAAUCCUCCAACCUUGCUGUUGAAGAUGUCUCCAUAGCAAACGGUGGCUCUAAUCUUGAAGAAGAGUCAGCUUCUCCUGCUGAGAAUCAAUACCCUUGUGCUCCUUUGCUUAUUGAUGAUCCACCCGUCGGUAACGAAAAUGAAUCCCUACCAAGUGGAAGCUCUACACCGCGUAACCUUGGAAUCGAUAUACCUGAGAACCGCACCGCUGAACCCAGUCAUUCACACUUGUCUCAUGAACCCUCGGAAUCCCCCAAAAAACCAGGCCAUGUAGACUCUCUGGUAACAGUUUCCCUUAAUGCUCCCAAAGACAGUGAAGCACAGGCCAUGCCCACGUGCGAUGCAGCUAACAUAGAAAUUAAUUACACAUGCGACGAGGAGCAGCAGAAUGUGCUCAACCAUGAGCUCUCGGAGCAGCAACAGGCUCCUGUGGAAGAUGGGCAGCUACUGUUCCUCGAGGAGCAGCCGGCCUUACUGGAGGAGAUGCCACCGGGACCCUCGGCCGGGCCGAUUGAGGAGACUGAGAAUCGCAUAAAUGAGCAGCAGCAGGACCUGAAUCAAGAGGAGCAGCGGCCACUCCGCUGCCAGGCCAACGACGACUCCAAUAUCAACGAAAUCGCCGAGAACAAUAAUAAUGCCAACAUCGAGCGCGAACUGCAAGAUGAUGCGCUCGGGGCUCAGGAAAACGUAAAUCAAUAGACUACGGUUAGCUGAUAGGGCCAUACCCAAUAUACGAUUGCAUGUUUUUCCUCAGUUCAAAAUUGUAAAUACGUAAGGAAUGGUAAAUCAUGCUUUGGUAAUUGCGCAGAAUCGGAGCGACAACAGCCCGAGCUUAUAAUUUAUACCAUGGAUUGCGAAUAAACUUUUUACGGAUAGCAUUAGUUUUAAGUUAGAUAUACACAACUUUAUUACAUAAAUUAAUGGCUUAUAUAUUAGCAUAUGUAAGUAAUAUGUAUUGAAAUACAUAAAU